AUGGCACCAGCCCAGAAGAUAGUACCCCACUCUGUUGCUGCCAUCAGCUCGGCAUUGGCCUCAGACAAGGCAUCAUUUCCCUGGCUCGAAGAUGACCUGAAGGUCAUUGAAGCAGAGCGAACAAUGACCAGAUUUGAGGAAGAAGCCUUACAGACAUUUCUUAUUGACAAGUUUGAAAAACUUGCAGCAGAGACUCCUAAAAAUAUAUUUCUAAUUUUUGAAGAUAAUCUGUUCUCGUACGAGCUGGUGGAUCAGAUGGCAUGCAGGGUGGCAAACAUUGCCAAAUCCUGGGGCUUGGGACCGAAUGACUGCGUUGCAAUGAUGAUGCACAAUGAACCAGCUUUUAUAUGGACUUUUUUAGGUUUGCAGAAACUUGGCAUUGCCGUGGCGUUAAUUAACUACAACUUACGGAUGCGUCCUCUAGUUCAUUCCAUUCUUGCUACAGACCCAAAGUAUUUGAUUGUCGGUGCAGGAGACGAUUUGCUAGAUGCUGUGAGAGAAGUCACUCAUGAUCUGGGAGAUCUAAAAGUGUACGUACAAGGCUUGGGUCUCCUGCAGGCACCUGUCGGAGUCCAAUCGUUCGACCCUCUGAUGUUAACGACUCUGCCAUUGGCUGUUUCACCCGAUGUCAGGAAAGACUUAGCCAUGAACGACAUGUUCUGUUACAUUUACACGUCUGGUACAACAGGACUCCCCAAGCCAGCAUUGAUCACCCAGAGACGAGCCAUAUCCAUAGGAAGCAGAACAGUUUUGGUGGGUCUGUCCAAGUCAGACAUUAUUUACACUGUCCUGCCCUUAUACCACAGUGCAGGGGGAGGCCUGGGUCUUUAUGGAGCUAUCGUCACAGGAGCAAAGCUGGUGUUGAAGAAAAAGUUCUCAGCAAGCCAGUUUUGGUCAGACUGCAGACGAUAUGAAGUGACUUUCAUACAAUAUAUAGGAGAACUGUUCAGAUACCUCCUUGCUCAGCCAGAGAGCUCGUUAGAUGGAGUACAUAAGAUCAGAGUGGCUUUUGGGAAUGGCCUCAGGAAAGACAUCUGGCUGGAAGUGGACAAGCGAUUCAAGAUUCCAAUGAUUGCAGAAUUCUUUUCUUCAACAGAAGGAACUGGCAUGACUGUCAACUUUUCUAACAAACCUGGAGCUGUUGGUAGAUUAUCUCCCUUGUUGAGUAAACUGAACUCUGAUUCCAUAGUCUUGGUAAAGUUUGACUACGCGACAGCCUUACCACUACGAGGCAAGCAUGGUCUGUGUAUUACAGUUAAUGUUGGCGAGCCCGGUCUCUUCUUGACUAAAAUCCCAGAGGUCCUCCUCCGAGAUGGAGAAUUCAUUGCAUACCGCGGCCCACGAGAAGCUAGUGAAAAGAAAGUUGUCAGGAAUGUUGUAGAAGAGGGAGACAUGUACUUCAACUUUGGGGAUGUAUUGACUUUGGAUAAAGACUACUUUCUGUAUUUCCAAGACCGAAUCGGAGAUACGUUCAGAUGGAAAGGAGAGAAUGUGUCUACUACUGAAGUUGCCAACGUUAUCACGGCUGUAGAGUUUGUUCACGAUGCGAAUGUUUAUGGAGUCGAAGUCCCAGGCAACGAAGGCAGAGCGGGAAUGGUGGCCUUAACAUUGAAUGAAGGCUACGUUCUUGGUCCAAAAGAACUGAAAACUUUGUAUGAUCAUGUCUGUGAAGAACUACCAACCUACGCCAGACCUCUAUUUAUACGUCAUUUGGACGAAGCCAUUGUGACGGGAACCUUUAAACAGCAGAAAUUUGAGCUGAUGAAUCAAGGCUUUGACCUAACUAAGGUCACCGAUCCCCUGUAUUUUCUGGACACAGAGAAGAAAACGUAUAGUCCGUUAACUACCAACGAUCUGCCCAAAUUCUUGGCAUCAAGGUUGUGA